UUGGUGCAGGAUAUUGCUGGCGAUGUGGAACAAGUUAGCAGAAAUAUCACUCAGACAUUUGAAACCAAAUGAUUUUAUUUAUGUUCAUGGUCCAUUAGGUUCUUAUGAAAAGGUCAAUACAAGUGGAAUUCGGGAAACCGUUUUCAAGAUCUAUGUUAAUGAUUUGAAUUAUGUUAAACAAAACAAUCAAAAUGAAACUUCUCAUAUGCUUAAGAGUUCAGAGGAAGAAGAAUCAAGGGGGUCCACCUCAGGUGCAUCAAAUCAUGAGGAGUAUGGUGACCCUCUUCAAUUGUGGCAAGUGUUCUUUGCUAAUCCAUAUGAAUGGUGGGACAACAGGCAAUGCAAGCCAAACUCAGGAUACCCAGAUUUUAAACACAAGGACACUCGUGAAUGCUUGUGGCUUCGUCCAGAUGAUCCUCCUUGGGUCUUAGAGGCCUCUUCGUUUGUAUGGUGUGAUUUGCUGCUCUGUUCUUUUGUUCUGUUAGUCGCUGGAAACAACAACCAAAAAGGGAUGAGGUGUUGGGACUGAGAAUUUAGUGGUAGAAGAUAAAAGCCGGUGCUUGAAUUUAGUGGAUGGGUGCUAUCAUUCUCCUGUUUGAUUGUGCUGGGUUGGGUGCAUGUCCAAUCUAUGACAACUUUCCCUUCUAUUUUUUAGCCCAACUUUGGGUUCAUCAGUUUGUUAAACAGCGGUCUGUAUUUGCCAACCAGUCUCGCUAUCCAAAUAGAGGUAAAGCAGAUAUGAGAAGGUGAGUGAUGACUGCAUCAGUGUCUGUUAUGUUCAUAAUAAGGUUUCAAAUAAUAGUCAUAAUAAUCUUGGAACAACCACCUAUGAAUUGCAGCGUGUCCGAGUUUUUUAAUUACGAAGACACGGAGACACAGGAACACAAUUGAAAUGUGAAUUCUAUGGCUAGAAGAGGAGAAGAGGUCUUUCGUUUGUGUGACAAUCCAAAUGUAUGGAUACCUGUGGUGGAUGUUAAUACAGACGCCAGGUGAUUGCGGUGUUUCAACUUGUUCGCACCAUCUCUUCCCUUGUCACCCAGUAUGGGCAAAGCCUUAUGACAUCAAAACUGAAUGUCAUAUUGAAGUCUAUCAACCUGAUUCAAAUCCAAAAUUGGGUAAAAUAAACUUCUGUGCAACUUUGAAAUAAUGCUGCAUGGCAUAGCUUUUUUAUCUAUUUUAUAUCACCUCUUACCGUAUCAUGGCGCAAACUAAGAUUUUAAAUUCUAUAGAAGGGAGCUCUCCCAGUUUUUUGAUGGAUGG